AAAGCUCCAAGCUGUCACAACAAGCGUCAGCGUGUCUCAUCGCAUAGUAAUGUCGACCAGCAACCGUUCACUCUGCGCUUAUGGGAAUUUAUAUGUGUAAAGUUUGUAUUUUGGUCCAGUUUAACGGAGAGCAGAUGUCUUUUUAAACCCAGGUUUAUUGUUGUUUGUUUGAAAAGAAGAUUAUCGCUUCCUGACUGAAUUUGACAGUAAACCGCCUGGUGUUUUGUUCAACUGCGACAGACCUCACAAAAUAACAAGUCAUGUCCCGUAGGAGUUCUCGACUGGUGGAAGGUGGCUACUAUAAUUCAGAUGAAGAAUCUGACUCGAGUACCAUCACCAACAAAUACCGUGAGAACCCUGUCAAGGUUUUCAAAAAGAAGGCUGGGCCCCGUAAGGCUGGGUCUCGUACCUCUAGUAGAGCAAAUAGCAAUGACAGUUCUGCCAUCGCUGAUCCAGUCACCUCUGCAGACAAGCAUGACGGUGUGAGUCCCUCACCUUUGAGUAUCCAGUCUGAAACGACCAUGAGGACCGUGCCCUACACGCCCACCACAGCCACCCCUCGGCCGGCCCUGACCCCAUCGUCUCGCAGCCACACACCGGUCCGAUCCCCCUUAGCACCCCCAGAGAAGACCCCUUAUGCUGGACUCGGCAGCUCCAUCAGGCCGGGAUUACACUCUAGACCCAACCACAAGAAUCAGAGUCAGAGUGGGGUAGACAGUUCAGGGUAUUCGUCCUCUGAGGGUGCCUACAAGAAGCCCACCAGCAGCAGCAGCAGUCCAGGUAGAGUCUGCUGCAGAAGUGGAGCCCCCAGUACUGGAUACUGGACCAGAAUCAGCAGUGCCUUCUUCAGACUCUUGGACUCAGUCUGUUUGACGGCUGAAGCAGCGCAGUCAAGAGUAAUGCAGCAGGCAUCUUUAGCCAGUGCAUCAUUGAGCAGUCCUAUGAGGAAGGCAUUUGGCCUGAGUCUCCUCCUUAUUGUGGUCAUCCUCUGUAUUUGGUUCCUCCUUCCUUUCUUCACCUCUUUCUUCUCCCGCAUGACUGUCAUGAAGACCCCAUCACUGACAAAACCCAAGACUGAACCUGUUCUCCCUCCAGCUCCUCCUUCUCAACCCAGCACCAUUCAGCCUACACCUGUGCUGGAUCCAGCCACUGUGUCUGCAGCUGUUGAAGCAAAGAUGCAGCAUCUUCUGGUGGAGCUGCAGCUUAAGCAGGACCACCUUCUGACCCAGAUGCAGGAGCGCCUACAGCUUGACCUGAAGAAGAUAAGGGAAAAUGUUGAGGCGCUGGACUCACAGACUCGUCUGCGUCUGGAGGAGCAGGUUUCAGGGCUCGGCAGGCAGAUGGAGGAUUACCAGAGCGACAGCCGCUCUGCUGCUGCCAGCCUCAGCCUCAGGAUCCAAGCCAUGGAGGCUCAGAACGCAAAGCUGUCCCAGGAGCUGUCCUCCAUCCAGCUGAGUCCUCCUCCUGUCGCUGCCCCCUGUCCUGAUCCUGCCCCUGUACAGAACCAGCUCACACCAGAGCUCCAACAGGCCAUGGAGAAGUGGCUCACAGACCGCAUCAAGGAGCAUGAGGCCGUCAGAGUUUUAGACAAAGCUGGCAGCUCUGACUGUGGACGCCCCAUGGCUGACAAGAUGGCCGACUUCGCCCUGGAGACUCAAGGUGCCAGUGUGAUCAGUACCAGAUGUUCGGAGACAUAUCGCAUUCGCUCUGCGUGUGUGACCCUGUUUGGAUUUCCUCUGUGGUACCCAUCCGAAAGCCCACGCACUGUUAUUCAGGGUUACCCGGUGCUGCUCCCAGGAAAAUGUUGGGCGUUUCAUGGCGUUCAGGGGACCCUUGUCAUCUCCCUGUCUCACCCGAUCAGGAUAACACAUGUGACUGUCGACCACCUGCCACGAUACAACUCCCCGACCGGUCGCAUCGAUUCAGCACCCAAAGACUUUCAAAUCUAUGGGAUGAAAAAUGACACAGAGGAAGGAACAUUACUUGGAACAUUCACUUACAAUGAGAAUGGAGAGUCGACACAGACAUUUCAGCUUCCUAAUCCGAGUGACGUGGUAUAUCGAUGUGUAGAGCUACGAGUUCUGUCAAACUGGGGUCAUAUCGAGUACACGUGUCUUUACCGGUUCCGUGUUCAUGGAAAGAUGGUCUCUACAUGAAACACAGGAGUCGACGACGGCAGCGACAUGACAGAUCUCAGAUCAGUGUGGAGUAUACGCCUUCUGACAUGUGCUGAUGUCCUUCUGUGGACGUCUGAGGUGUGUUUGCACCAAAUGCUACUGAAGAGAAAAUGAGUGUGACUGUGUUUCAGCUGGAAUGGGAUGGAUAUGCUGUGUUUUCUAAUGUUUAAUGUAAAGUGACAAAACUAAAAGUUAGUUUUGCACAAAUAAAAGUGUGCACUUGACUUCAGAAGAAUGUACAGAAUUUAGUCUACAUAGUUUUUCUCUUUAAAUCCAAGCAAUUGACUUGACAGCGUAAAGUUCUGGCAACUUUAUGCUUUUGUGCCACAAAAUCAUUCUACAUAUAUAGUAUUAUUAUUUUUUAAAUGUAUUAUAUAUUAUUGUGUUUUUUUCAUGUAAUUACUGCUUUACAUUCAUACAGCACUUGGGCUGGGUAUAUUAAAAUAUUCUAUAUCGGCACCGAUACCUUGGCUUCAGGACCAGGAUCCUAAAUAGUACUUAUUCAGUACCAAAUUUCCUCAUUUAAAAAACAAACAAACAAACAAACAAACAAACAAACAAACAAUUCAUUAUUAUUUUCUUCAGCCCAUUUGCUUUUUAUAGACAUUUCUACAACAUAAAAAUCAACUUGUUUACUACGAUAUAAAAUAGUGAAUAAGCUCCAGUGAUUAACCUCUCCACUCCAGUCGCCAUCUUGUAUUAAAUACAAGUUAAUAUUGCAAAUCUUUUGUCAAUAUAGACUUGUUAUACAUUGUUAUAAAGCUUAGAUUCUCUACAAUGGAGUUGCUAAGUUUAUUUUACAGUAUUCCUGAGCACCAGGUAACAAUUAGUGAAAAAAUCAUCUGGAUAGCAAUCAAAGCUAAAUGGACUGGCGGAUGUAAUUCAGGUUGUACUUUAUCAACAAGAAAAAGAAAUGUUCUGAAGCUAGAGGUUAUUACCUUUCAACUAAGGUGUCAUUGAUUAAUUUUGUCCUUGUGUUUCUUCAGUUAUAAGCUUUAGAACUUAGUAAAUAGGAGAAAAUUAACAUAAAUUAGGUGGGAGGGAACCGAGUUAAUCAGUUUAAUUUUUUUUCCAUUAUAAGAUUAAUCAACAACUAUUCUGAUAAUAGAUGAUUAUUAUGAGAAUUUUAUAUUAUUAUAAGGAAAAAGUCAAAAUUAGACAUUUGAUAAUGUCAUGAUGACCUUUAGAAAACUCCUUCACCAUAUUUUUGUGAUUUAUCGACAAAAACUAUUAAUCAACAGUAACAAUAGUUAUAAGUUGCAGCCAUACUGACAAGGUUUACACAUUUUACAUCAAAUGAUAUAGUAUUACCGCACAUCAGGCAUUUUUCAAUACUCAAAUGUGUUCAAGCAACUGGAUCGGUGCCAUAAAAGUAUCAUAGGAGUCCUAGGACCCAGCCCUGUUCACCACACAGUCCGACCCGGAGCCUCUGGGUUGAUAAAUAAUGUUAUUUUUCAUUUGUGCAGCUGUGUGGUGAAGUGCUUUGUUCAGUGACAUUCAAUAAGACUAAGCUAGUUAGACGUGAAAGUGUCCGAUGUGCUUUUCUGAUCUUCACCUUUACCACAAUAUGUAACAAGUAAUAGGAAUUACGCAGCAGUAAAUCUGCAAAUUAUAAGUUAAUUAUGAAGUCUACCAAAAAGUAACGCGUGCAGCUUAGUGAUACACUUUAUUUUGGCUUUUAGUCCAUUUUGAUUUUGUACUUGAAUACUUGAAAACCUCUAACCUCUUCAGGAGGCAUCAUGGUACCUUAUGAUGUCUGUGUUUCUGCUUGGCUGUACAUAGCUUUUAUUUUUUUAUGAAUUAUGCAAUCAGGAAGAAUUAUUUAUUUGGUGAAAGGAAAAUAUUGAUUGAAAUAAUUUGCUGUUGUCUCUGAUAAUCUCGUGUCAUAUUUGAGUUAAUAUCCAAAGUGUUUCAGACCACAGACUGUAAAUAAAUAUGGACACAGUGACAGAUCAGAAAAGUGAAGCCAGAUCACGCUGGUCUCGCCCUGGUGGCUGCAGUUCAAAGGUCAUACAUUGGGUGAACUUGGUCUCUAUGUGUAUAUUUUUGAUCAGGUGUAUUUUAAUAACUUAUUUGAUGCUUUAAAACAGGGUGAUUGACAGCUGUUAGGACCAACGCAGUCCAAACGUAGAACUGCAAACCAAUCAGACAUGUAACACGAACUACAUGGCGACUCUUGUGGCCGUGGCUCUCAUGGGUUUUGGCUUCAUUUUUUCACAAUGGAAGGAAACUGUCAGGACAUCACAUCAUCCAUAUUUAUCUACAAUCUGUUACAAACCUGUAAAUGAUUUUACCGUUCAGUAUACAUCAAAUGCAGAGUGCUUUUUCUAGCGGAAUUCUACCAUUUGGUAACAGAAGGAUCUCUGUAACGUGUGUUGGCUUUUGUUUUCAGUAGUUAUUCUUUUUUUUUUUUUUUUUUUUUUUUUUUUUUGUGCAAUGGUUUGUUUUGCUGCUGGGCUUAAAAACUGUUGGCAGAAAUGAACAUUAUAUUGGACAGAAUAGACCUCUGGAAUUCAGCAAAGUGUCGUCUUUCCUAAUGUUUUCUUGUUUCACACAGGAUUAGGACAGAAGUUAAUACAAUAAAACUCAGUCGAAUGACCUUAAUAUUGUGAAAAAAAAUUGUUUUAAUUUACAUAAUAAUACAUUUUGCAUCAUUUAUAACCAGUUACUGAACCUUAUGAAAACCAGUUAAACUAAAACAACAGCAAGUAAAUAAAAUAGUUUGUAAGGUCACUGCAGUGCCAUUGGUUAAAAUUUUCAUCAUGACAGUCUUUCAUAGACACUGCAUUGGUGUCACAUCAGAAUCAGAAUCCUGUUUAUUGCCAUGUAAGUAAACAGGGUUCACAUUACUAGGAAUUUGCUUCAGUGGUUUGGUGCAUGUAUAGAACAUGAAUUAGAUAAGAAGCAUGCAG